CCCUAUCGCCCCGUGCCAGAGUGCACGCAGGCCUUUACGCGCGGCCACACAUGAUCACAGAGCCGCAGAGGGCGAGAGCGCCGCUCGCGAGUGGGAAGAAGACCCCGGGACUGGUCUGGGCGCUGUCCGGGGUGGAGCCGAGGGCGGAGCUUCGGGGUCCGGCGCGCAGAGCUGGGGCGUGUCCGCGCCGCCGCGAUCUGCGCCGCUCCGCCCUCGGCCCGUUCGCUGCGCUCCCAGCCUCCUCGCCGCAACCCCCGCCGUAGCUGCCGCUGCUCCCGCCGUCACCGCCUCCGAGAACAUGGCCGUGCCUCCCACAUACGCCGAUCUUGGCAAGUCCGCCAGGGAUGUCUUCACCAAGGGCUACGGCUUUGGCUUAAUAAAACUUGAUUUGAAAACGAAGUCAGAGAAUGGAUUGGUAAGUCUCUCCACUUGCACAGGAUGUUAUAUUUGUCCCUUACCAGUAGUGGGUACUGUGGCCCGGGUGGCAGAGCCAAAAACAGUUGCCUGCUUGGAUUGUGGCUAUUACAGAUGGACUGAGUAUGGGCUGACGUUUACAGAGAAGUGGAACACAGACAACACCCUGGGCACUGAGAUCACUGUGGAAGACCAGCUUGCUCGUGGACUGAAGCUCACCUUUGAUUCAUCAUUCUCACCGAACACUGGGAAAAAAAAUGCUAAAAUCAAGACAGGGUACAAGAGGGAGCACAUCAACCUAGGCUGUGACGUGGACUUUGACAUCGCUGGGCCCUCGAUCAAAUGGUUUAUUUUUGUUCACUGGUGUGUGUGUGUGUGUGUAUAUCUGUGUGUGUGUGUGUGUGUCACAUGUGUACAAGUGCCCAUGAUGGCCAGAGGGGGUUCUGGAUGCUCUAGAGCUGAGUUAUGGGCAGUUGUGAGCUGCCUGAUGUGGGUGCUGGGAGCUGAAUUCGGAUCCUUUGGAGAAGCAGCGAGCACUCUUCGCAGCUGGACAUCUCUUGCUGUGCUUACUCACAGGAAUGACGGGACAGAGUUUGGUGGUUCCAUUUACCAGAAGGUGAACAAGAAGUUGGAGACUGCUGUCAAUCUCGCCUGGACUGCAGGAAACAGUAACACUCGCUUUGGAAUAGCAGCCAAGUAUCAGGUCGACCCUGAUGCCUGCUUUUCGGCCAAAGUGAACAACUCUAGCCUGAUUGGCUUAGGGUACACUCAGACCCUAAAACCAGGUAUCAAACUGACGUUGUCAGCCCUGCUCGAUGGCAAGAACGUCAACGCGGGUGGCCACAAGCUUGGCCUAGGACUGGAAUUUCAAGCAUAAAUGAAUAUUGUACAAUCGUUUAAUUUUAAACUAUUUUGCAGCAUAGCUACCUUCAGAAUUUAGUGUACCUUUUAAUGUUGUAUGUUGGGGAUGCGAGAGUUGAUAAAUACCACGUUAGACCUCCAGGCUAAGGAUGACUCGGCUUUAAGGUGUUUACCAUUUCAGAGGUACAGCAAAAACCCCAUUCCAGAAAGGGUCCUUUUUAGCUGUAGGCGUGGGUUGGGGAGGAGCCCCUGUAGAGAUGCCAGGCUACAAGUGGAAAGCUGGGAACAUGUGGGUCCUUUGUAAAUCUGUAUCCAGUCCCCAGAUGAAAUUGUGACUUCCCGAGCAUCGAACCCUGGUGUCCAGAUCCUACCUGCUCGGAAGCAUGUACACACCUGCGUGAAAGGGAUGUUUUUAGACCGAUCCUCGCGCCCUGUCCCCACCCUAGCCCAUCACUCACCUGUUUUACACCAAAAGUAGUCUUUAGGGUGUGGUUAGCUAUUUCUUUUGUGCCAUUUUAGGGUGGAGAGGGUGGGCACGAUGGAGCCAGUCAUUCAGGACUUAAUUCUUCCUUGUGUUGUGGUGUGGUUUUCUUUCUUCUAUUUUUUUUUUUUUUAAUUCCUUCUUUUGCCAUUGCACCAGAGUAUGAAAUAGCUUCCGGGUUCUCCGGCUCUGAGCUGGGCGGUGAUUGUGGUCACACCCUGACAACACUAGGGAUCUCAACUGACUCCUCUUGUAGCCUCACCACUAUUUUUUAGCAGUUUAAUGGGUACAUUAUAGAGUCUUCCAUUUUGUGUGGAAUUAGCUCCUCCCCUUCAAAUGCUGUAAUUAACAUCACUUAAAAUAAAACUUGAAUAAAAUACUGAAACCUCA